CACAGACAUCCGGUUUGAGCAUCCCACUGCCAGGCGCGGAAGCCGCCAUGGUGCGGUUCAAGCACAGGUAUCUGCUCUGCGAACUGGUGUCUGAUGACCCCCGCUGCCGCCUGAGUCUGGAGGACCGAGUGCUGAGUGGCCUCGUCCGAGACACGAUCGCCCGCGUGCAUGGGACUUUCGGCGCCGCGGCUUGCUCCAUUGGCUUCGCGGUGCGAUACCUCAAUGCCUAUACUGGAAUAGUGCUACUUCGAUGCCGGAAGGAAUUCUAUCAGCUUGUGUGGUCGGCACUUCCCUUCAUCACGCACUUGGAGAACAGAGGACACCGCUACUCCUGCUUUCUCCACACCCUGCACGUGGGAGGUACAAUUAGAACAUGUCAGAAAUUCCUGAUUCAGUACAACAGGAGACAACUGUUGAUAUUACUGCAGAACUGCACUGAUGAUGGAGAGCGGGAAGCUAUCCAGAAGUCUGUCACAAGAAGCUGUUUACUAGAGGAGGAGUCAGGAGCAGAGGAGCUUUCAGACAGUUGUGGUGAAGAGGCUGCUGAAGCAAUGGGAUGAAUCUUCAGGUUGCACUGUGCCGGGGCCUCUCGGGCACACUGAUUGGAACAUGGUAGUAGCAUCUCCUACAGCUCUCCAAACUGAGUUAUUGACCACCAGCGGUCAAUUUUUCAGCUCAAAAUGGAGGAUUACUCACAUCAAACUAGUCACUUACCUGCAAUUCCAUAAAUUGUGAAUAUUCUGUAGUUACAAACUACUUGGCUGGCUCAGAAUAGAUUUAAUAAAUGUAUUUGGCUUCUGUAGCAUUUAGCAAACUUACCAAGUCCAUUCUUGGUCAAAUCUGUAUCCCCCUCCACCCCUGGCCUUAGUGGGAAGACUAGUUCCUUGAAGCCUUGUCCUAUACCCAGCCCCUAGCAUGAGCCCUAAGCAAGUCAGGUGAUUAUAGAGUAGGAGUGUUAGUGCAGUAUGACAACUAAGCUGGCAGAUUUAUAUAGCCAAUUUUUUCUGACAUCCGGCCGUAAAAUAAGAGUCCUGGGCCCUCCCUGGUGGCGCAGUGGGUUAAAGCACAGCACUAAGAAGCUAAAAGCCACU